GACACACCGGCCGCCGCCACCGCAUCGCCGCAUCGUCUCGUCGCACUCCGCACGGCCCACACGACGUCGCCGUCGUCGUCGUCCGCGUUUCUGUGUGUGUGUGUGUGUGUGUGUGAGAGUGUGAGUGUCAGCAACCAGCCGCCACUGUGAGCCGCGCGCAGCAGUCACACACCGCUUCAGUACGCGGUCCGCCGUCUGUUGUGUUCGGCCGUACGUCGUUACAACGUGUCGUCGUCGUCACCGCCGCCACCGCUUGUUUGUCCGUUGUCGCGUUAUUAUUCCCCUACAGUGCGUUUCCUCCUCCGCCUUCACACCGGAAACACGAAACGAUAAUUAUCGAUAUAUUCGCGUCCGUAUAUAAUAUUGAAUUCGUUGUUUAUUAUAYGAAAAUAAUUAUUGUGUAGUGUUCGAGGAAAAAAUACAAUUUUUGGAUUCGUCGUCAAAUCGAUUUUGGUUUUUUAAAAGAAAAAAAAAUUGUUCGUGUUUCGCUUGCUCGUGCGUUUUUUUCCGUCGCCGUGUCGCUUGUUGCACGUACCGUAAACCCACCUAUACCGGCUAAUACCCGUAUACCAAUGCGAAUCGUUCGACUUCGACCAUCCGCAUCACCAGUGUUGCAGGACGGUUCAAAAUAUUAAAGAAAAGUUUAUAGUUCCGAUUCCGAAUUCUUAUCCGAGUGAUAUUCCACUCGAAUUCCACGUGCGUGUUCCGAUUUCGACUGUUUGAUGGUUAUACACGGACCCGCCACGGGAAUCGCUCCAGCCGACAUUCAUCGGACCACUGAAUCGUUGUACAAUACCGGUAAUGGCAGAGUGAUCGGCGCCCCGCUACGCAUGCGCCGUCCAGAAGACCAAUCGCCGAGCGCCGCUAGUGCCGGACUCAUGAUGGAGGUGGGGGCUUCAGUAGCGUCGUGGUUUCUGCGGCCUGAUAUGGCUGGAGCCAGCGUGCCGCCGAUCGUGCCGCAACCACCUCCGAUGCCCAUCCGACCUUCUCGGACGUCUUCGGAUCCCCCGCAAAUGGCUAUGCCACCAACCAUAUGYACCGCCAUCAGAUGUACAGUACCGGGAUGCGUGUGCGAUUGUUUUACGCCCGGCAAACUUCACAUACGAUUCUGCGACGCUUGUGGUCACGGAUGGGUCCCACACGSUCUUGACAAGUUGGGAUUUGGUGGAGCUUCCUUGGGAAACGGAGCUGUGGAACCCAUUCAACCAAACGUGGCUUUCGACAUCGCCAGUUUAGUGUUAUAUGGCUGUCAGGCCCUGCCGAUAAGACUUAAGAUCUUGUUAGAUCGAUUGUUCAGCGUUCUCCGUCAAGACGAAGUGUCCGCCGUUCUCAGAGGGUUCGGUUGGACGCACGAAGACUACGCCAGAGGUUAUAUACUUCAGGAACCACUCGGCGGUGGAAUUUUGGAACGUUGGAAUAUAUGUAGCCCGGAAGAAGAGCCGCUUGUGCUGCAACAGUUUUUGAGAUUCGGUGAAACUCGAGCAGUUACACAGCAAUUAUUGUUGCAUGGCUUAGGUGCGGAUUUUCGGGCUCUACCAGCCCUGGAGACUGACAUGAAACGAUUAAUGGAACGCCAGAAACAACAAUUGAAUAAUGAUCACAAGUCUGGAUUUGACAUUAAUAAGUUCCGGACACGGACACCUCCUCCGCAAUCAAUACCAAUGCUGCCGCUGCCACUACCACAGCUUCCACCACGACUUCAACUAGGAAGUUCACCACCAUCACCACCAAAACCAGCGUUCGGGUUCGCCAAGCCACCCGGUGGACUACCGAUGUUACAGCCCCCACCAGUCGCCAAUAAUGCGUGUAAUGGAGCUGGUUCACCACCCGCCGGUAGCCCUACCAGCAGCGUGUCACCACUCAACAAGCUGCAAAAUAUGCAGCCCUUUGACUUCCGGAAGAUGCAGUCAGCUGCAUCUGGGUUUGGCAGUGGAAAGCCUGUGCAGAUCCCCUCUGGCCGAAGGUCAAACAACUCAUCGGCUGACUUAUUACCACCGCCCCCACGCCCAAGCCAGCAGCAACAACAGCAGCAGCAACAACAUCAGCAGCAACAGCAGCAGCAACCACAACAAAAUGACUUUAACAACAAGUACGGWCCACCUGACAGUUUGGCCGGCAGUAGUGAUUUCGGCUCCGAAGACGGUGAUGAAGAGGAAGAAAAUUCACAGAGCGCAUUGAACCUCAGCAAAGACACUCCUCUGAAAGCAUUACGUCCUCACCGGGGCCACAUUCGCAAGACUCCGCAACCAUUAAAGAGACAGUGGGGUUCGGCGGGACUGCCCUUGAAUUUAGGCACUCAACUCAUCAACCCAGCUACGGGCAAAAAACGCGUGCAAUGCAACGUUUGCCUGAAGACCUUUUGCGACAAAGGAGCACUGAAAAUUCACUUUUCCGCUGUUCAUUUACGCGAGAUGCACAAGUGCACUGUAGACGGGUGCAACAUGAUGUUCAGCUCAAGACGUUCUCGAAACCGGCAUAGCGCCAACCCUAAUCCCAAACUCCACUCGCCACAUUUACGUCGAAAAAUCUCACCACACGACGGACGCAGCUCACAAGCUCACCACCCAAUGGUUAUAACUCCGCUACAGGCAUCUGCUAUGAACCAACUGGCGUUUGGGGCAUUUCCACUGUUGGCCGGUGGUGCUGACUURAGAGCCACCGGAUCCAAACACAGUUCCGCGUCGGGCCUGCACCUGGCCGAAGAACUCCGCCGCUCGGCUGAAUUYUCGUCAGACAACAUGGAUGAGUACAUGGACGACGAGGAAGAUGGCAUCGUUGUGGACGGCAAUGCCGUUGACGACGACGAAGACGACUCGGAGCACCGGAGYGACAGGAGCUGCAAGCGGAUGUCUGAAGAAUCCGAAGAUGACGGCGGCAGCACGGCCGCUGAACCGCAGAACAACCACCAUCACCACAACAACAACAACAUAAACAACGACAAYAACAAUGAUCGGCCACCCAUAGUAGCCAUUAAGAACGUUCACAAGCGAAAGAGCAUGAACCCGACGAGGUUCGCAGCCGCGGCCGACCUCAGCGACGAAGGUAUGUCUUGCACGGACGAUUACGGUUCGGUCSCGUCUCCAAAGGACAACAACAACGACGUGAAGCCUGUCGCUUGCAAGCUAGAAUCCAAUCUGACCGACGAUGACGACGGUUGCUUGAACCUGAGCAGAAAACCAUCAUCACCCAGCCCAGUGACGGCGGGGGAUGGUGGUGUCGACGGUGAUGCAAGUGGCAGGAGAUCAGCRUCGGGAGGAGUUGGUGGUGGCUCAAGGGAUUCACUGCUGUCCGAAGAAGACGAUGGUCUGUUGGAAGACGACGAGGACUUGGAUGACGACGUUGACGACGACUUGGAUUUGGACGACGACGACGAAGACGGGGACGACUUGGACGACUGCGACUCUGACAGUGAUGGUAACCACCGGGUGUACGGCGUGUUUGAGAACGGCAGGUUCGUGGCCACAGACGACGUGCCCGUGGACAAGGACAACCCGCGUGCGUGUACGGCGUGCGGUAAAACGUUCCCUAACCACUUUGGAGUCAAGUCCCAUUACCAGCGUGUGCACCUGAAACUCAUGCACAAGUGCGUGGUGGACGGCUGCAAUGCAGCGUUCCCGUCUAAGCGGAGCCGGGACCGACACAGCUCCAAUCUGAACCUACACCGGAAACUGCUGUCCACGUCGUCGCCAUGCUCGUCGACGGAACCACCUCGGCAACAGUCCSGUCACCGUCAGCCGGCACCGCUGCCGAUCCAGAAACAACCACAUCAGCCUCAGGCCCCACUGGCGCCGGCACCGCCUGCACCGUCGCAGCAACACCCGCAGGCCCAGCCGGCACCUGCAGUCACCAGCAGCAGCGCCGCCGCCACGGCGGCCAACAUCAUGGCCGCUGCGGCCGACAACCCGUACGGCAUGCACGCCGAGUUCCUGGCCCGGUUGUACGCCGAUUCGCAACAACAGUUCCAGGCGUUCGCGGGUGGCAACGGCCUGAUGCAGGUGCCACCGCAGUUUGCCGGCGGCGCGCCCGUCGGUUCACCGUUCAGGCACUUGCCCGCCGCGGCGGCAGCGAUGGCCAUGGCGGCCGCGGCCAACGGCUGCAGCACGUCACCGCCAUCCGCCGCACGGCUGGUGUACUCGGCCGACGAGGACCUGCCUCCGGCGCCCGACAAAGAGAACGGCAGCAUGUACGCGUGCCGGUUCUGCAGCAAAUCGUUCCCCGACAAGAACGGCAUGCGCGAGCACUACGAACAGCUGCACAUGCACGAAAUGCACCGGUGCAAGGUGCCCGGGUGCGGUAUGGUGUUCAGCUCGCGGACCCGGCGGAACGCUCACGUGGAGAACAGCCACCAACAGCAGCAGCCGUCUCUGUCCGCCGGGGCGCAGGCCGCCACGUCGUGACCUCGACCCUCGCCGCACCAGCGUUUUCCCGUGCCGCCGCCCUGGUGGUGGUAGACGCCGCACGGGCGCGGUAAACUAWAUAUAAUAAUAUWAUAUUAUAUUUAUUAUACGAUACUCUUAUAUUGCUCCCAACCUGUCGAUGUGUCGCUCGUCUCCCGCCUACUAAUUUAUGUAUAACAUAUUUUAUUAUCAUGACGUAAUAUCAUACUCGAUAGUCUGUCAUAAAAUGUUUUUUUAAUUUUUGGUUCUAGAGCUAUCUGUACGCAUAUGAUAAUAUAUAUUCCAUGUUAAGCCACGUAACCCCGCCGCACACAUUUUACUUAAAUCAUUUUUAUUUUCGUUGUGGUGCUCAAGUCAAACGAUUGACCUCAUCGUCGUCUGUGGUGUACGAUAUAAUCAUAGAUGUGUGUGUGUGUGUGUGUGUAUCUGGUAUGUUUUUAUCCUAUACUCAUAUACUAUAUUAUUAAACGAUCUGACUAAUUAUGUAACGUGUCCCCGCCACCCUCAACCCCCCUACAGUUUUACGAAGCGAAUUUUUAUUAUAUAAACUUUAUUAUAUUAUUAUUAUUAUUGCAUAUAUGUAUACGAUGUAUGAAAAUAUGU